AUGCAACAAGAGUCUCCGCCAGAAAGUUACAAUCUAGGUACCCUGCCGAGACGGAGAGUUCGAAAUCGAGGUCAUAAGGAUAUUGAGCCACCUACGGAAAGAGCUCACCCGCCUCUGGACAGGAACAGCGGCACCCUCUUCUCUUCCGAAUAUACACCAGUGUUUAAUGCGCUUCUUUACCACGAAAUCGAUUCUCAAGAGCCGGGUGCAGAGCUCCGAAGCAGGAUAACAUUGCAAUGGCCGGGCUGUCAAACUCGUACCUCGUACCUCACACCGAUCAAAUCCCUGGCAGCAUCGAGAAGCCCUGCGACAUUUUUCUGGACAGCCCGAGGGACAUCCAGGUCGGUCGUGAAGAUUCUCAGCGCUGUAUCAAGUGUCAUUGAGAAUACCCGCGAUGGGGCCAGCCAGACGAGAGUGCACUCGAAGGUUUUGAAUAAAAGCUAUUAUAAUGCUGUGCAUGAUGCGUCUACGGAUAAGGUUCAAACUCUCUCGUAG